CUGGAGGCGGCGGCGCAAGCUACCGGAUCCCUCACGGCGUCUUCCUCUUUCUUCUCCCCUCUCGCUGCGGAGCUGAAGGACCCCCCCACCCCCACCCCCACCCCACCCCCACCCCCUCUCCGCUUUUUUCAACACUUAUUUGCUUCAUUUUGGGCUACGCUGUUUUUGUCAAAGACCUUUAUCCGGAGCGAACGUUUGAAAGCGCUGACACCAGCCUCCGGCAUGGGGGAAUAGCGGGGAUCGGAGCGGGAGCCUCUAACGCUGUUCCAGCCACGUUGAUAUCUUCAUGUAAAUACAAACAGACUCGAGUUUUGACCUCCGCAAUGAGCAUGGAUGGUUGUCCGCUGAAGGUGGCGAUUUUCCUGUGGUGCAUGCUGGUGAUUUCUGGCUCCAGCUUCGAGAUCGGCUCGUACGAGCUGGAACGAGGAAGACCGGCCAAGUGCGAGCCCAUCACCAUCCCCAUGUGCGAGGGCAUCGGCUACAACCUGACGCGCAUGCCCAACUUCAUGGACCACGACGACCAGAAGGAGGCUGCCAUCAAGCUGAACGAGUUUGCCCCUCUGGUAGCUUACGGCUGUGACGUGCACCUCCGCUUCUUUCUGUGCUCCCUCUACGCACCCAUGUGCACUGACAAAGUAUCCACCUCCAUCCCUGCCUGCAGACCAAUGUGCGAGCAGGCGCGGGAGAGGUGCGCCCCCAUCAUGAAAAAGUUCAGCUACACCUGGCCCGACUCGCUAGACUGCUCCAAGCUGCCCACCAGGAACGACCCCAACGCCCUGUGCAUGGAGGCCCCCGAGAACGAGACCAGAACCGAGGGCAAGAAAGGUGAGGGCAUGCUCCCCGUGCCCCCUCGCCCCCGACAGGCAGGCGCAAGCGGCGGGCGCUCCCCCGGCGGUGGCGGCUCCUGCGAGAACCCCGAUAAGUACCAGUUUGUUGAGAAGAGUCAGUCGUGUGCGCCGCGCUGCUCACCUGCCGUGGAUGUGUUCUGGUCCCGGCGGGACAAAGACUUUGCCUUCAUUUGGAUGACCGUGUGGUCCAUCUUGUGCUUUGUGUCCACCGCUUUCACCGUGCUCACCUUCCUCCUGGAGCCGCACCGCUUCCAGUACCCGGAGAGGCCCAUCAUCUUCCUCUCCAUGUGCUACAACGUCUACUCCGUGGCUUUCAUCAUCCGCUCCGUGGCGGGCGCCGAGAACAUCGCCUGCGACCGGGAGCACGGCGAGCUGUACAUCAUCCAGGAAGGGCUGGAGUCCACAGGCUGCACCAUCGUCUUCCUCAUCCUCUACUACUUCGGCAUGGCCUCCUCCAUCUGGUGGGUCAUCCUCACCCUCACCUGGUUUCUGGCCGCAGGGAAGAAGUGGGGUCACGAGGCCAUUGAAGCACACAGCAACUACUUUCACAUGGCAGCGUGGGGCAUCCCAGCGUUAAAGACCAUUGUCAUCCUCACCAUGAGGAAGGUGGCCGGAGAUGAGCUGACCGGCUUGUGCUAUGUCGGCAGCAUGGACUCGGGGGCGCUCACCGGAUUCGUCCUCAUCCCCCUCUCGUGUUACCUGGUCAUCGGCACGUCCUUCAUCCUCACCGGCUUCGUGGCGCUCUUCCACAUACGCAAGGUGAUGAAAACCGAGGGCACCAACACAGAGAAGUUGGAGAAGCUCAUGGUGAAAAUCGGCAUCUACUCCAUCCUCUACACGGUGCCCGCCACGUGCGUCAUCGUCUGCUAUUUCUACGAGAGGCUCAACAUGGACUACUGGAAGCUGAGAGGCCUGCAGGCCGCAUGCGGCUCCUUCAACGGCCACGGCGGCGACUGCUCCCUGCAGGCGUCCGUGCCCACCGUGGCCCUCUUCAUGCUGAAGAUCUUCAUGUCUCUGGUGGUGGGCAUCACCAGCGGCGUGUGGGUGUGGAGCUCCAAGACCUUGCAGACGUGGCAGGGCCUGUGCAGCAGAAAGCUGGCGGACAGGACUAGCGGCAGGAAGCCCUGCAGUGGGGUCAGCUGCAGCAGCACCCAUUGCCAUUACAAAUCGCCCGCCGCGGUUCUGCACAUGGCCAUGCACGCAGACAGUCCCACUCAUGUCUGACACUCUUUACAAACAUGCUGGAGCUGCUAAAAAGACAUCCUGGGGGGGAUUCGGGUCGAGAUGGUCCAUUAGCAGGAUUCAGAGAAAAAAGGGACAUGUUCGGUAUUGUUAUUAGAUUGCAAGAACCCAAUACCUUACAAAGAAUAUUUGUCUCAUUUCUAGCAAAAACUAAUCAAAAUAAGACUCGUCGUGUAAAAAAUGACUUGUUUUGAGACAAGUUUCACUUGUUUCAAACUCAUUUUUAUUUGAAAUACGAAGAAAGAAAGUUGCCAGUGGCGAAUGGAAAAAAAAAAACGUGUUCUACCUAGUUCAAGUAAAAGUCACUUGAAACAAGUGAAAUCUUUUUUUUUAAGUGUAAUCAGAUUAGUUUUGAGAAUUGACUAGAAAUAAGACAAAUAUUCUUGGUUUUUGCUGUGUAGCCAUAUUGUUCUGUGAAGUGGACUUAAGUUGGAAGCAAAUGUGGGAUUUUCCUUCUGCAAAGCAGCACAAUUAGUUGUAUAAAUCUGUAUAAAUGUUUAUUUAUUGUAAAUAUAUUUAAUUUAAGUUCAUCUUUGCUCUCACCAGAUGUUGUGUUUGGAUGCAUUUAUUCAAGAGAGAUGAAGUGCCUUUUAUCAGAACACUGGCUCUUCACUUUUUAUUUUUGGAUGACAAUA